CAUCGACACAGGAGAGACGCUGCUCCGCUCUGCACGUUUAUUCAUCUGUUUAUUCAUCCAUUCAUCUGUUCAGCCACAGUCUGUGGAGGGAUCAUGUCUGUCUGUAGGAUCUUUAUUCAGCUCAUCACAGCUGUGUUGCUGAUGUCAUCGUGGUGCGUUCAGGGUCUGCGUGUCAGCGUGUUUCCCAGACACCCUCUGUUCAGACUGGGGGAGCGUCAGCAGCUGGUCUGCUCUGUCCAGGACUGUCCUCUGGUCCCAAGCCUCUCCUGGUCCCUGCUGGGGGACCGGCCACUGACAGCCUCCGUCAGCACCAAUGGGUCCAGGUCUGUGGUGACCUUUGACCCUGUGAUGAUGGAGCAUGAAGGAACUCUGCUCUGCAGGGUUAACUGUGGAGGAGACAAGAGGGAGGGCAAAACCCCUGUGCACGUGUACUCCUUCCCAUCAGCCCCUGUGAUCCAAGGCCAGGACCAGCUGAAACUGGGGGCGGAGUCCAUCCUGACCUGUCAUGUGUCUGAUCUUUACCCUGCCGAGCAGCUGACCCUCACCUGGUUCAUGGGGGGCUCAUUCCUGCAGAGCACUGUUGGAGAUCCUGGAUCCAGCUCUGUCCGGUCUGAAUACAAGUUCACUCCCCAGAACCAGGACUCAGGAUCCAACAUCAGCUGCAGGGCCAUGCUGGACCUGCCAGACCUGCCAGCUGGGAGCAGGACCAGAGAGACCACCGUUCCCCUAAACAUCCUCUAUGCUCCUGUGGUGACAUGGAUCUCAAACUCGGUGUUGGUGAUGGCUGACUCUCCGCUCACCCUCUCUUGUUCGGUGGAGGGAAACCCUGAACCGACCAUAAGCUGGAGCUUGAGGACGGCAGAUGGUGGGUCUGAGUGGCGGGGGGGGGGCCGUCAGCUGGUCUUCAGAGCAGUGAGUCUGUCUGAAGCCGGACGCUACGAGUGUGAGGCCAGGAACAGCGAGGGGAACCAGACGGCCGCUGUGGACCUGACUGUUCACGCUCCACCCAAUGACACCUCCAUCUCUGUGAGUCCAGGUGAGGAGGUGGUGGAGGGUCAGCAGGUUACGAUUACCUGCCGCUCACAUGGAGCUCCGCCCCCCAACCUGGUGCUGAAGAAGGAAGGGGUGGAGCUGCAGAGGACUGACCCCGCCUCCUCCUUACUCUCCUUCAGCCUCUCCUCCGCCCUCCUGGAAGACUCCGCCCUCUACCAGUGUGAAGCCUCGAACCAGUACGGAUCCCAGCUGGAGUCCAGAUCCAUCAGGGUCAGAGCUCACCCUCUGCAGGUGCAGCCCGGUCCUGUGGUCUCAGUAGCAGAGAGGGGUUCAGAUCUGGUCCUCACCUGCACAGCUUCUGGAUGUCUCCACCCUCCCACUCUCACCUGGGUGGACCAGGACCAGACCGUCCUCCAGAGGACGCAGCAGCAGGACGGACUGUCCCAGCUCCACCUGCAGGACCUGGACCUCCAGGAUCAGGGAUUCUACCGCUGUGAGGCCGAGUGUGAAUCUGUCACCAGGACCAGAACCACCCAGGUCCAGGUCUACUCGUUUCCAUCUGAUCCGGUUGUGAAGGAUCCUGGUCCUGUUGUUCUGGGUCAGGAGGCAGUCCUUCGCUGUGAUGUCAUUAACGUCUUUUCUACCAAUUGGCUGAGGAUCCAGUGGCUGUUGGGGAACACAACGCUAAUGUCAGAGUCCUUCGAGUUCUCCGGUUCUUUACAGAACAUCUCAUCUGUUCUUAAGCACCGGAUUGAGGAAGACCAGCAGGUUCUGACCUGCAGAGCGGAGCUGAAGCUGAUGAGGGAUGACGAAGAGAGGUGGUGGUCCAGGAGGACCAGUGUCCCUCUGCUGGUCCACUAUGCUCCGAGAAGAACCUCUAUCUCCGUGAGUCCAGGUGAGGAGGUGAUGGAGGGUCAGCAGGUAACAAUUACCUGCCACUCAGAUGGAGCUCCGCCCACCACACUGGUGCUGAAGAAGGAAGGGGUGGGGCUUCAGAGGACUGACCCCGCUUCCUCCUCCCUCUCCUUCAGCCUCUCCUCCGCCCUCCUGGAAGACUCCGCCCUCUACCAGUGUGAAGCCUCGAACCAGUACGGAUCCCAGCUGGAGUCCAGAUCCAUCAGGGUCAGAGCUCCUCCGAGGAACACCACAGUCCUGGUCCUACCGUCUACGGUGGUCCAGGAGGGACAAAAUGUCACAGUCUGCUGCCAAACCAUCAGCUCCCCGCCAUCAGCCGUGAUCCUGAAGAAACUGACCAAUGGGACAGAGAUAUACUCCCUCAAUGGCACCUUCCUAUUGGUCAAUGUCACGGCCAGAGACUCUGGGCUGUACCAGGUCAACGUGACCAACGACCUAGGCUACCAGGUCAAAUUCUUCAGCAUCAGUGUCAGAGAGAGAAGCACCAGUCUUCCUCCAAGACUCAGCGUCAUCAUCAUCCCAGCCAUCUGCGUCGCAGCUGGGCUGGCAGCUACUGCUCUGCUCCUCGACUACCUGAGGAGAUCAAGAAAGAAAGGCUUCUAUCAGCUUCCUCAGUCUGCUGCACCUUCAGCCUGAGGCUCACACUGGGCCACCAGGCUCCAACAUGUGGCCACCAAGUUUUAAAUGUAACUGUCCCUAAAAUUUGGCUGCUGAAGUAC